UCUGUUCCUAUGAACAGAACACAUUGCAUGUGGAAAUUAUUAAAAAAUAGUUUUUGAAUGUAAAGAUAAAGCUGAAACUACGGCUUGGUUAAUUAAAAUAAAUACAUUUUUAUAACUCACUUAAAGUGGAAUUCUUAACAUUUGUAUUUUUUGUACAUAAUCACAUCGGAUAGCACAUACAUACAUUUGCUCAGUUCUUUUAAUUUCAGAGAAAUUUCGGGAAGCAAUACACCAAUAUAUUUCCAGAAUCAAAUGGUUGAGUGACGUCUUAUUUUAGUGGGUCCAAAAUCGCCCCAGAAAUCGUCUAUGCAACGGCUAAGCUAACCGUUUGGCGAUUUCUUACACAACUAACUCUAGGAAUAGACAUACGUAAUGCAACAAGCUAUACCAACUUUAUCAACACAAUCAGAUAUAGAUAAAGUCAUGCAGCCCCAUUCAGCACAAAAUAUGAUUUUGCCAGCCAAUAAAAAGUCCAAAAAGUAUGAUCAACAGGUGCCAACUUCAAAGCCACAAUCUCUUCAGCAGCCUCUUCAACAGCAACAUAGCCAUCCCACUGCACAGCCUCAGUUUCAGAUAAAUAAGGCAUACAAUGUGGUCUCCAUUCUUAAGGCAUCAGCGCAGAACGCUCAGCAGUCCCCACACUUGACGAAUCAGCCGCAUCCACCAAUCCAUCACCUUCAGCAAACACACCAGCAUCAACAAAGCUAUGCAAACGUUGUAAAUAAAAACUUCUCUGCGUCUGAGCCAGUAAGAGCCCAGUCAUCGGUUAUAUGUAACGGUUCAAGCAUAUUGACAGUAAAUGGUACUCAACUGAAUUCGGGAGAUUUGAAUUCUACUGCCAUUUAUAACAUAUCAAGUUACCGAAAAUUAACUGGAAAUCUAGAUGGGAACGUUUGCUUUCUUAAUAUACCGGACAUUACAAAAAAUGGCAACAUCGGUGGGACAACAGUAGUAUCAAAUAAGUCCAUCGUUGGAGUCGGAAAUGAAAAAAGUUCUUGUACUGGAGUUAGUAUUAACAACCAAAUAGUAUUGCCUAAUGCGCACAUAGGAACUUCUAUGGGAAUAGCUCUUGGAACGACAACAGCAGGCACAAGCUACAUACGCGACAAAAAUAUCGUUGGCUUAAGCGUCAAUUGUGUUAAUACUAGUAAAAAGUAUGAUUUCAAUAACAGUAGUUUGCUAUCAAAUAAUAGUUUCCAGGCAUCUACAACAGAGUAUGUUUCAACGGGAAACAACAAUUCUGGAAAUACCCGAUCUAAUCCACAAAGUGGCGGAAUAUUUCGAGGACCACCAUCUACGCCAAAUGCCCCAAGAGGUGCUAGUGGAGGAGCAACACGCCAUGUUCAUGUACAACCCAUGUAUUCACAACCCCUUCACCAGAACAUGGUGCUACAACAAUACACACAAUAUAACCCGCGACAACAAACAUUUCCAACUUCUCAUUUGCAAUAUGCACCCGCCCCAAUGCCGUACUACCAGUACCAAUACGUCCCAACUCUUCAGCAACAGCCGCCACAUACUCGUAGUGCUGUUACGGUGAAUACGAACGUCAAUGUGGGAAACAAUUUGCAGCCAGUGCAGUCUGGACCCAAUGGACCUCUCCCUGGUCCAGGGGCUACCUCGUCGCAACUUCAAUUGCUCACAAGCACAGUGCAGCCAGGAGCAAGCACUGUAAUGGGCGUUGGCGGUCCUGGUAGUACGAUGGGUCAAGUGGGUGUGCCCCCAAUGGUUGGAGUUGGUGUAAUGCCAGCAAGUGUGCAACCGCAGUCUGUGCAGCCUGCAAGCCGGCGCCGGCAUCAGCAUCGUUUGCAAAUAAUCGACCCGACGACUAAAAAAAAUAUAUUAGACGAUUUUGAUAAGACAAAAUCAAACACAGACAAUGACUUUUCCGAUCAGGUAAUCUCCACAAACACACCAGCAACUGUCCUUUCAGAAGGUCCAAUACGUAUUCCACAGCAAGAUAGUUUUGGUAUAAAUACAUCAUCACAAGGAUCAGAAUCAAUGACUAAUGCGUCUUAUAGCCCCAUUGAAUCAACCCCAAUAAGUCGCUCCGAUGUUGGGCAGACGCCAAUCGUAUCCGCGAUGUCUGAUGCGCCUUCAGUUGAAAUAUUACCCACUCCCCAAAGAGGAAGAAGCAAAAAGAUUCCUAUAAUGUCUCCUAAAAAUGUAUCUGAGUCCAUAGCUGCUCCAAUCACUGAUGAAACUGAUGAUGCAGGGUCAACACCGAUAUCGGGAGCCACUAAGGAAACUGUGCAACCGAAUUUUCCCCAUCAAAAUUUACACAUAUCCGAGUCACCGAAACAGAAGCAAACGGUAUCAAAUAUUGAGAUUACAACCGAUGUGCCAACUGUUUUAAAGGAAACAAAUAUUGCUGAGUUGGAGUCCAGUGUAUCCUCCGAAAAUCUUUUAACUGGGUUUCAAGCUGUCAAUGCCAAUGUCAAGAGUCCACAGUCAUCGAAUUUUUCUGCCGAUCCUGAAAAUGCUAGUAUUGACAAAUCAUCACCUACGAACUUUUCCGCAGAUUCUCCCGUUAUGCACGCACUUCUAGAAAAUACUGAGUCGACCGAAAUAUUAGAAAAUUCUACUACAGAAAGAUUCAAAGAUAGCCAAAGCGGAGAGAAACCAACUCAUCAAGAACUAAGUUUAAGAAAUGUCCCAGAUGAGACUGAAAUAUCCUCUAUGGCAUUAAAAGAAGUAAAUAGUUUGGAUAAUCGCCAAACUCAAGCAGCAUACCCUAUAAAGCCAAAACACAAUGUUUCAGAAGAUAUCUCAAGAGAGUCAGCAAUAAAGUCAAUUCCAACGAAUAAUACAGGAGUAGAUGUAGAUCUCCAGUCAGAUUCUAAUCCAGAUCCCAAGCCAGAGACUACCCUUGACGAUAAACAGGACUCUGAUAAUCUGAAACAUAAAGGGUCCCCAAAAACUUCAUCUAUCAUAAACUAUAAUGAGGGUCAAUGGUCACCAAACAAUCCAAGCGGAAAAAAACAAUACGACCGAGAACAGUUAUUGCAGUUACGCGAGGUAAAGGCCUCACGUAUACAACCAGAGGUGAAAAAUGUGUCUAUUCUUCCUCAACCAAACUUAAUGCCAUCAUUUAUACGAAAUAACAACAAUAAUAAGCGCGUACAAUCGAUGGUUGGUAUGAUUGGCAAUCGUAGCAGUGAAUCGGCUGGAAAUUAUAUUGGUAAACAAUUGUCUAUGUCAGGCGUGCAAAGUGGUGGCGGUAGAAGCAGUUUGAAAGGUAUGAUACAUGUAAAUCUAUCAUUAAAUCAAGAUGUAAAGCUAAGUGAAAAUGAAAAUGCAUGGCGCCCUCGCGUCUUAAAUAAAUCUGAUAGUGAAAGCGACGCGAAAUCUGCGCACGAAAAAAAUGAGUUGGUACGUCGCGUUCGGGGUAUUUUAAAUAAGCUUACCCCUGAAAGGUUCGACACACUUGUUGAGGAGAUUAUAAAAUUGAAAAUUGAUACACCAGACAAAGUGGACGAAGUAAUUGUGUUGGUAUUUGAAAAGGCCAUUGAUGAGCCAAACUUUUCUGUGUCUUAUGCCAGACUAUGUCAACGGCUGGCUGCGGAAGUAAAGGUAAUAGACGAGCGUAUGGAAAGCGAAAAUAAAUCUAAUUUGGCGCACUUUCGAAAUGCAUUGUUAGAUAAAACUGAACAGGAAUUCACCCAAAAUGUUUCACAAAGCACCGCAAAGGAAAAAAAGUUGCAGCCAAUUGUGGAUAAAAUAAAGAAAUGUACCGAUGCAAAUGAGAAAGCGGAACUUGAGGCAAUUUUGGAAGAAGAAGAACGAAAAAUAAGAAGACGAUCCGGAGGGACAGUACGAUUUAUUGGCGAACUCUUUAAGAUAUCUAUGUUGACUGGCAAAAUAAUAUAUUCUUGCAUUGAUACACUUCUUAACCCCCAUUCUGAAGACAUGCUUGAGUGUUUAUGCAAGCUGCUCACAACUGUGGGUGCUAAAUUUGAAAAAACGCCAGUAAAUUCCAAAGACCCGAGUCGGUGUUAUUCAUUGGAAAAAUCGAUCACCAGAAUGCAGGCCAUCGCAUCAAAAACAGACAAAGAUGGAGGCAAAGUAAGCUCGCGAGUGCGAUUUAUGCUUCAAGACGUUAUUGAUUUGCGUAAGAAUAAAUGGCAAACUUCGCGGAAUGAGGCACCAAAAACUAUGGGACAAAUUGAAAAAGAGGCAAAGAAUGAACAGCUUUCUGCACAAUAUUUUGGUACACUUUCCAGUACUACACCCGGAGGAUCGCAGGGCGGAUCUGGUAAACGAGAUGACCGUGGCAACUCUCGAUACGGUGAAUCUCGUUCAGGUAGCGCGUAUGGUGGCAGUCACAGUCAACGUGGUGAUAAUGGAAACCUUCGACACCAGCAGCAAAACAAUAGUGUCGGGGGUGCCGUUUCUGGAGGUGCUGGCCACUCCAAUGGAAACAAUGAUGACAAUACUUGGCAUGUGCAGACUAGCAAAGGUAGCCGCUCUCUAGCGGUUGACAGUAAUAAACUGGAAGGUCUGUCUAAACUUUCCGAUCAAAACCUAGAAACAAAAAAGAUGGGUGGAUUGACGCAAUUCAUUUGGAACAACGAAACGACAAAAUUAUCUUCGGCGCCGGCACCAACCCCAUCCAAUCCGUUCGCUGUGCUCUCAUCCCUCAUCGAUAAAAAUAGUAGUGAUAGAGAUCGCGAUCGUAGUGGACCCAGAAACAAGGGGUCAUAUAACAAAGGUUCUAUGGAGCGCGAUCGUUAUGAUAGAGGUAUGCAUUCGAGAACUGGAUCAUCUCAAGGAUCACGGGAAAACUCAUCCUCCCGCGGUGGUCAGCAGGGUCGAACCUUAUUGAGUUCAUCAGUUCAAAAGUCUGCUAGUCAUUCAAAAUACACACAACAGGCACCACCUUCACGGCAUACUGUAAAAGCGCAGUCAUCAUUGGGCAGCUCUAACGUUAACACAGGUCCACUGUACCGUGGAAGUGAGCAGCAAUCAACUGCAACCUUUUCGCAGACCACUCGUUCUGUUGCUCCUGCGGCAGUGUUUAAUGAAGCUAGCGAAACAGAUAUUAAACUUAUUAAGUCUGUUGUCUCAGAAAUGAUAGAUCUGUCAGCAGCCUCUAAAGCAGUCACGCCCGUUGUAGUUUCGUGCAUAAAACAAAUACCAGAGAAACUACGCUGCAGUUUUAUUUAUUAUAUAUUGACAGAUUAUUUGCAUUUAGCAAAUGUAGGUAAACAGUACAGGCGGUAUUUAUCUAUUGUCGUGUCCCAACUUAUUCAGCAAAAUUACAUCUCUGUCGAUCACUUGAGACUGGCGUACAACGAAUUUACCGUGUAUGCAAACGAUUUGAUUGUUGAUAUUCCAGAGCUUUGGCUAUAUAUUCUUCAAUUUGCCGGGCCACUAAUUGUAAAGAAAAUAUUGACUAUAUCAGAUUUGUGGAACAACAAUUUAAAAGAAAAUAGCCCAUCAAACGUCGCUAAAAAGUUCCUUAAAACAUACUUAAUGUAUUGUACACAAGAAGUUGGACCAAAUUUUGCUCGGAAUAUGUGGAUCAAGUUUAACCUAAAAUGGUCAGAUUUUAUGCCUGAAAAUGAAGUUGCCGACUUUAUUAAAUUCAACAGACUGGAGUAUGUGGAGAACGAAUCAAAAUCACCAGUGAUUGAUCUAAGAGAGACUCCAGAAAAGCACGUUAAAAAUGUGAUAGACCAUAUUGAGCACUUACUGAAGGAAGGAACGACGCCGGAUUGCAUUAUUGAUUAUAGUAACGGAAAUAUAAUGGUGGUUGAUAAGUUGUUUAUCAGAGGAUUGACGGAAACAUUGAGUAAUUUCUCGAUACACUACAAAGAAAACAGCUACAAGCUUGAGUCCGAAACCUUCCAAAAGUUUUGCAUACCGGUUCUGCAGAGAUACAUUGAUUCUAACGAAGACCAUCAACUUGAAUGUUUAUAUACUAUGCAGCUCUUAGUCCACGGUUUGGAGCAUCCAAGAGGAUUGCUAAGUGAACUAAUUGGCGAGCUAUAUGAUGCCUUUGUAAUACAGAAGGAAUCACUCUGCAAGUGGCGCGAUUCAAAGGAUCAGUCUGCUGGCAAGGGAGUAGCUGUAAAAAGUCUUAAUCCUUUCUUUAACUCGUUAUUGAACGAUGAAGCUAACUAAAACCGCGAAGUUUCUGACCUAGACAGAAUAACUUUUAAAAUUUGUAAAAAAAAAUAAAUUACUACAGAGUUGGAGGGUGAAGAAAGUUCAUUAACAGUUAUAUACUGUAAAUGAUUUCGAUAUGGACUUAUUCAAUAGCGAUUCUGGUUCAUGCAUUAAAAGUAUAUGCAACAAUAUAAAAGUGUAUAACAUAUGUAAAAUAAAGCGAUCCUAAAACAAAUAUAGAAGUAUAA